GUUAUAAAGAAUAUAGAAUGUUCACAGUAAAACCAGACAGAAGAUGACGCAAAACGUGUGUUAGCAGCCUAAGUAAUUUGCCGCACCUUUUGCGCAAAUAUUUACGAUAAGAAAAACGCGAUUCUCAGAAAAGUUUUUCCGCCAAAAAAGUGUAGUUACUCAUAUCAAAGCGCCAUGUUCGAAUUAACGGUAAAUUGUACCCAUAAAAUUGAUUUAAAAAACAUGAUAGUGAAAGAAUAAUUAAGUGAUAAUUAAUGGUUUAGAGUUUAAACACUUUAAACUUUAAACCGCGUCCUUUUGUGACGAGUACAAUUAUUUAAAUUGCUGUGAAAAUGGCUGGAACUGAUCGAGUAUCCCUAACUGACGCCCUAUCAAAUGUUGAUGUCCUAGAUGAAUUGCCUUUACCUGAUGAACAACCAUGUAUUGAAGCUCAACCUUGUUCAGUGGUUUAUCAAGCAAAUUUUGAUACAAAUUUUGAAGAUAGAAAUGGUUUUGUUACUGGGAUAGCCAAGUAUAUAGAGGAAGCAACUGUUCAUGCAAGUUUGAAUGAGCUGUUGGAGGAAGGACAGGAACAUGCUGUUAUGUUAUAUACUUGGAGGUGUUGCUCAAGGGCUAUACCUCAACCCAAAUCAAACGAACAACCUAAUCGAGUUGAAAUUUAUGAGAAAACAGUUGAGGUUCUUGGCCCCGAAGUCAAUAAAUUGCUUAAUUUUAUGUAUUUCCAGCGCAAAGCUAUUGAACGAUUCUCACAAGAAGUAAAACGAUUAUGUCACGCUGAAAAACGUAAAGAUUUUGUAUCAGAAGCGUAUUUAUUGACUCUUGGAAAAUUCAUAAACAUGUUCGCGGUAUUGGACGAAUUAAAAAAUAUGAAAUCAAGUGUAAAAAACGAUUACUCCACUUACCGCAGAGCUGCGCAAUUUUUAAAAGUAAUGUCGGACUCUCAAACGUUACAAGAAUCCCAAAAUCUGUCGAUGUUUCUAGCGACGCAGAAUAAAAUUCGAGAUACGGUGAAAGAAAAUUUAGAAAAAGUACCCGGUUACGAAGAGUUAUUGGCGGACGUCGUAAAUAUUUGCGUGCAAAUGUUUGAAAUGAAAAUGUACUUAACGCCCGAAGAGAAACACAUGCUUGUUAAAGUAAUGGGAUUUGGGUUGUUUUUGAUGGACUCGGAAUUAUGUAACAUCAAUAAGUUGGAUCAAAAAAAGAAAUUAAAACUUGAUAAAAUCGAUAAAAUUUUUAAAAAUUUGGAAGUUGUACCGUUAUUCGGUGAUAUGCAAAUAGCUCCAUUUAAUUAUAUCAAACGUAGUAAACAUUUUGACCCAAGCAAAUGGCCGUUAUCAUACUCAAAUACGCCGUCGCCACAAGCCGAUUUAAUGGUACAUCUUCCUCAAGUCCGCGAAGAACAUGUUAAAUAUAUCAGUGAACUCGCAAGAUAUAGCAACGAAGUCACCACAACAUACAAAGAAAGCGGAAGCGAUGAUGAAAAUCGCGAAACCGCCGAUUUAGCUUUAACAGGUCUUCAAUUAUUAUCCGAAUGGACAAGUGUGGUUACAGAAUUAUACUCUUGGAAACUUUUACACCCCACCGAUCACCAUCAAAACAAAGAAUGCCCCGUCGAAGCUGAAGAAUACGAACGAGCAACCCGAUACAAUUACAGCGACGAAGAAAAAUUGGCUCUGAUUGAAGUAAUUGCAAUGAUUAAAGGUCUUCAAGUAUUAAUGGCACGAAUGGAGACCGUUUUUACGGACGCCAUUAGAAGGAAUAUUUACGCGGAACUUCAAGAUUUCGUUCAGUUGGGAUUGAGGGAACCUUUGAGGAAGGCUAUCAAAAAUAAGAAAGAUUUGAUAAGGUGUAUUAUUACGUCUGUUAGGGAGAGUUGUGCGGAUUGGCAACGUGGGAUGGAUCCAUCUUUAGAUCCAGCUUUAAAAGGAAAGAAAGAUCCUGAUAAUGGGUUUAGUAUCAAAGUAGCGCGAAGAACUGUAGGUCCAUCAUCAACUCAACUUUACAUGGUUCGAACGAUGUUGGAAUCAUUAAUAGCUGAUAAAUCGGGCGGAAAGAAAACACUUCGGAAAGACAUAGACGGACAGUACCUGAUGCAAAUCGACCAAUUUCAUAAGACAUCAUUCUAUUGGAAUUAUCUGCUCAAUUUCAGCGAAUCUUUACAGAAAUGUUGCGAUCUAUCGCAAUUGUGGUAUCGCGAAUUUUAUUUAGAAAUGACGAUGGCAAGGCGAAUAAACAAAUGUACGGUUAAACAUAACCACAACGAAGAAUGCAACGAUUUGAUAACGAUGGAAAAAAGAAUACAAUUUCCAAUAGAUAUGUCAAUGCCGUGGAUUUUAACUGAUCAUAUAUUAAAAACCAAAGAACCGUCAAUGAUGGAAUACGUACUUUAUCCGUUAGAUCUUUACAAUGAUAGCGCUUUGUACGCUUUAACGAUAUUUCGAAAACAAUUUUUAUACGAUGAGGUCGAAGCGGAAGUAAAUUUAUGUUUCGAUCAGUUUGUUUAUAAACUAAGCGAACAAAUUUUUGCUUAUUACAAACAAUUGGCUGCGAGUAUUUUCUUGGAUAAACGAUUUCGAAUGGAAUGCGCCGCCUUAGGGGCUUACAUGUUACCAUAUCCGCGAGCGAAUCGUUACGAAACGCUAUUAAAACAACGUCACGUGCAAUUAUUAGGUCGAUCAAUUGAUUUAAAUAAAUUAAUCACACAAAGAAUUAACGCGGAUAUGCAAAAAUCAUUAGAUUUUGCUAUAAGCAAAUUCGAAGCUGGCGAUAUAACAGGAAUAAUGGAACUGGACGGAUUGUUACAAGUAAAUCGUCUUUGCCAUAAAUUAUUAAGUAAAUGGUUGGCGUUGGAUGAUUUCGAUUGCAUGUUUCGCGAAGCGAAUCACAACGUUUUAGCUCCAUAUGGGCGCAUAACAUUGCAUGUAUUUUGGGAGUUAAACUAUGAUUUCUUGCCUAAUUAUGUUUAUAACGCAGCUACAAAUCGUUUUACAAAGUAUAAAGGUCAAAUUACAUUUUCCGGGCCGAUACAACGAGAUAAACCACCACAAAUUUCCCAUAAUUAUAUUUGGGGUACGAAAUUUUUAAAUAUCGCGUACACAACUCAAUAUCAACAAUAUAGUGGGUUUGUUGGACCUCAACAUUUCCAUACAAUGUGCAAACUGUUGGGUUAUCAAGGAAUCGCCGUCGUUAUGGAAGAACUAUUAAAAAUCGUUAAAAGUUUAAUUCAAGGAAAUAUUUUACAAUUCACAAAGACCUUAAUGAAUGCAAUGCCACAAGGCUGUAAAUUACCCAGAUACGAAUAUGGGUCACCCGGUAUUUUAGGUUAUUAUCAUGCUUAUUUAACUGAUAUCGUUCAAUAUCCAGAUGCAAGAACGGAAUUCUUCCAUAAUUUCCGAGAAUUUGGAAACACAAUCUUGUUUUGUUUGUUAAUGGAACAAGCUUUGUCACAAGAAGAAGUUUGCGAUUUAUUACAAGCGGCACCGUUUCAAAAUAUCUUACCUCGGCCUUUUUGUAAGGAAGGGGAAAAGCCGGAAACCAAACAAAAACGAUUAGAACAAAAAUAUGCCGCAUUGCAAAUUGUUACGAAUAUCGAAAAAUUAGGAACAGCAAAACAAGCAAUGAUUGCGCGCGAAGGUGAUUUAUUAACAAGAGAACGCCUUUGUUGUGGUUUAUCAAUAUUUGAGGUCGUUCUAAAUCGAUUACGAAGCUUUUUAGACGAUCCGAUUUGGGUGGGACCGCCCGCUAAAAAUGGUGUUAUGAACAUUGAUGAGUGUACGGAAUUCCAUAGGUUAUGGUCCGCUUUACAAUUUGUUUAUUGCAUUCCAGUAACAGAAACUGAGUUUACAGUCGAGGAAUUAUUUGGUGAAGGCCUUCAUUGGGCUGGUUGUACAAUGAUUGUACUCUUGGGUCAACAAAGACGAUUCGAAGCGCUCGAUUUUUGUUAUCACAUUUUACGCGUACAAAGAGUUGAUAUGAAAGAUGAAAUAGUUAAAGGAAUUAGUUUGAAACGUAUGGUGGAUCGUAUAAGAAGAUUUCAAGUGUUGAACUCUCAGAUAUUCGCAAUUUUAAAUAAAUUUUUAAAGGCGAAUGAAAGCGAGGACGUUUCCGUCGAGCACGUGCGGUGUUUUCCACCUCCAGUACAUCAAGGCGUAUCUAAUCAACAACAACAUUAUUACGCACCAGAACAAUUAAGACAUUAACAGUGACUAAAUAACAUUAAGUGAACUGAAUCCCUGAAUAAUUUUUUUUAAGUGCAACCCGCUUGUAGAUCAGAAAUAAUGUAUCUUAUGAUGUAUUUAUGACUAUUAGUUUAUUUAUAUUUUACGUAUAUUCGUCAUUUGUAUCAAUAUUAUAUCUUAUAUAAUAAAAAAAUAUUAAAUACAUUA